AUGAUCACGGAGUUCCUGUCCCUGCUCUGCCUUGGGCUGAGUCUGGGCCGUGAAGAGGACAAGAUUGAGAGGCUUCCCAAGCCCUCCCUCAGCGCCUGGCCCAGCUCGGUGGUUGGAAGCAACAGCAGCGUGACCCUGACGUGCCAGGCUCCGCUCCGGAAUGCAACGUUCGAGCUGCGCAAGGUGAACGACCCCGGGUACAGGCGGGAGCGGAGCUCAGCAGACCGGGGAGCUGAGUUCCCCCUCACCCGCCUGGGGCCUGAGGAUGCCGGGAGGUACUUCUGUGUCUACAAGACCAGGGCCUCCCGCGAGUGGUCGGAGAACAGCGAGCACGUGCAGCUGGUCAUCACAGAUAAACAUGAUGAACUUGGAGGUCCCUCAAUAAAAAAAGCAGACGCCAGAAUCGUCUUUUUCGCCACCGUCAGCUGCAUCUCCAUCAUUCUUCUCUUCCUCUCAGUCGUCUUCAUCUACAGGUACACUCAGCAAGAACCAGCCAUUCCGAAUCUCCCAAGCAGGAUGCUACGGACCGAAGACCCCCAGGGAGUGAGCCAUGUUGAGCUGAAUGCCAGUGCACUGUCUGAGGCAGCUUCUUUCCCCACCGAGGAGCCCCAGGACCUGUUGAAUAUGCAACACUGA